UUCAUCCUUAAGGAGUGCGCAGAAGUGCGCGGUAUUUAUUCGGUUUCGGGGGUAUGGUCGGGUUGAACACAGAGAGAGAGGCAAGUGUAUGCGCUCUGAAUGGGUCCACGAAUUGGGAGGUCUAGGAUGGGUCAGCAGUUACGUGAGCAGCGAGAAGAAGGGCAGUGACGACGGUGUUCGGCGUUGGUCUCUAUCAGGGGAAUGCAAUGCGUGGGCAGCGAAUAGUCUAUUGUCUGCUGAUGGACGUGUGGAUGGUCAGACCCACGUAGGUCUGUGAGUCACCGUUAGGUGGAUUUGGUUGUAGGAACGAGACGAGAGUCGAUUUCGCGGGAGACCCGUGCUCUACUUGCGGUGAGAUGUAUGCGCACUGUCGGCGCAGAAGUGCGAUGUGAGAUAACUGCGCAGAGAACUGGGUGAUGCCGAUUGGGAUGACUUCCGCGAGGAGGAGGUUAACGUGAUAUGGGACGGAUUGUCCGAUGAGAUCGGGGUUGGAUUAUUCGGCCCACUUGACACACUUUGACUAGAAACAAGGGGGAGUGGAUAUGGUGGGAGAUGAAAGGGAAGUACGAAUGAGGUCAAGGAGGAAGAGCAAAGGGAAAGCGAU